AUGGAUCGUAAACCAACUUCAUUCCCUUUCCUUCCCUAUGAUAUCCUUCAUUCAAUCUUCGCUCAGCUAGACAAUCUCCGCAUCGAAGCCAACAAGCCACGCCGUGGCCGGCCUCAAAUUCCAACAAAUCCAACACAUUACACUUAUUUCCGCCCAUCUGUCGAGGAACUACCUCCUAAAAAGCCACAUGAUUCCCCACGUCGCGCUGAAAUAUGGAGAAUCGAACAGCGGAAUCUUCACCAAUCUAAGUACGGGUGUAAAGACGAUGGUGCGCCAAGAGUAGCACCCGCACCUUUCGAGGGAGUAUCGAUAUUUGAUGGGUUGUCGAGGACUAACAAGGCUUUAAGAGAGCUUUGUGCGCCUUAUAUUUUUAGAAAUGUGGUUUUGGCUUCGGAUGAUUGUUUGACGAUUGAUAGGAUUGGGUUUUAUGCAGAUGAGAAGCAGAAGUGGAUGUUAAGGUAUAUUCGAUCCUUCCGCCUUAUGUCGACACACGUAACCUGGCCGAACUCACUGGGCGGAAAUACAUCAAAAGAUCUCAUCCCAGACCUAGCGGUGACCCUGAUCAACCUUCUCCACUCAAUCCCAAAUCUUCAAACCCUUCACUUCAUAAUCCAACCCAGUGAACUUGUCUCUGAAUUCAAGAAAAUCCUGACAACCGCCACGCCGCCAAUACGUUUCCCAACCGUAAAACACAUAUACAUAGACAUAGACAACGAAUACAUACUUCCCUUCGUUUCGUCCCCUGAAGUUGGCGGUUUGGAGUCCUUCGAAUACAAAUCUGCUUACUCCCUCAAAUCUGCCAACAAAGUAACUUUUUCGACAUUUGGUGCGACGGCCGAAGAAAAGGAAACAGGGUUGUUCGGUGGCAUGACUGAUGCUAGAGCCGUGGAAGUGAUAAAAGGGCUGACGAGUGUUCAGAAGAACAGUUUAAAACGACUCACACUAGCGGCCUUUAUCAAUGAUACUGGGAUUGUGCAGAUGGUAAAAGCAGGGAUACUAGAGAACAUAAGAGAAAUGGUUCUACUUUAUGGUGUUGCCGCAAGCUGUGCGGCUUCUCUCUCCCAUUUACCUCACCUCCGCUAUAUCCGGUUCGGUCAAAACGACGACCCUAUUACGGCCAAGAACCCACACUGCUAUAUGUCCCGCCGAGAACUAUUGACGGUCGUCCGCUCAGGAAAGAAACUAGAAGAAGUAUGGCACCGUGAUCGAUUUGUCUGCCAUGUUAAACGACUAGUCGGUGAAUGGCAUGAUGGAACGGAGGUUAAUGAGGAUGAGACUUGGUGGAUGGAUACUUGGGCACCGGAUGGGGUGGGUAAUAAGAAUGUUAUUAGCCAUGGAUGGCUGGGCUAG